CGGAGCGCUCACGCGGCCCCGAGCCCAGCGGCCGCUGCGCCCGGGAGCCCGGCCCGGCCCCGCCCGCUCGGGGCCCCCGCCGGCCGAGGCCGCCGGGCGGGGGCGGGGACGACCAACUUGGGGCGCGGCGCAGCCCCGCUCUCCCGAGAGCAUCGAGCGCGGGAGCGCCACGGCGGCGGCCAGACGGCGGGAGCGAAGCGCGGCGAGCGGAGGCGGCGAGCGGCGCCCGCGCCGCAGCCCCGGCCUCGCCGAGAGCGCGAAUAUUUUUCAAACGACUCAAACUUUCCUCCUUUCCCCGCUUUCUGGGGUCUCUCUUGGCUGGAAUUGCUCUCCUGAUUCCCGCGGGGGCGCCGGGGCGCGAUUCCUCCCCGGGGUUCCUCGGUGGCUCGGUUAACUUCGCGGACCUGGGGACCCGUGGCUCUCGCCCCGCGGCCGAACCCAGCCAGCGCUGCUCCCCCGCUCAGGAGGGCCGGGGGCCGGGGCUCCUUCGCCUCCGGGAGGGCGCCCAACCCGGCCCGCUUGGGUCGGGCUACUGAGACCCCAGCGCCCGCCGCAGGACUGGUGACAGCGGAUUAACCCCGAGCGAAGUCCGGGCCUUCCCGUCCCCGCUCCGCGGAGAGGCGUCCCCUGGGCGGGGAAACGACAAGUUUGUCAGUCGUCGGUGGCCUGUUGGAUCGAAGCGCCCCCGCCGCCGCAGAGGGGUCCCUGGCGCCCAGCACACGGAGCAGACAGCCCUGGGGACCCCGGGCGCAUCGGCGGCCGGGCUCCUCGGGCCGGGGCGCUGGCUGCUGCGCCGGGCGCGCCAAGGCACCCGGGGCCGGGCCAGCGCCCCCUGCGUCCCCACGCGGGCAGCGGCCCCGCCAGAGGAGAAACCCGGGUCGCCGCCGCCGCCACCGCCGCCUCCUCAGUCUCCUGGUCUCCGUCGCCGCCGCCGCCCCCUCCGUCGCCUCUCGGGGGACGGGGGGACGCAGGGGGCAUCGCGGGGCCCCGGCGGAUGAGCCCCCUGCCACCUCUCGGGCUGCGCCGCCUCGCGGGGAUGAAGCACCGGCCGUGAAGAUGGAGGUGACCUGCCUUCUACUUUUGGCCCUGAUCCCCUUCCACUGCCGGGGACAAGGAGUCUACGCUCCUGCUCAGGCUCAGAUUGUCCACGCCGGCCAGGCAUGUGUGGUGAAGGAGGACAACAUCAGCGAGCGUGUCUACACCAUCCGGGAGGGGGACACUCUUGUGCUGCAGUGCCUUGUCACGGGGCAUCCUCGGCCCCAGGUGCGCUGGACCAAGACUGCGGGCAGCGCCUCAGACAAGUUCCAGGAGACAUCGGUGUUCAACGAGACGCUGCGCAUCGAGCGCAUCGCGCGCACGCAGGGCGGCCGCUACUACUGCAAGGCGGAGAACGGCGUGGGCGUGCCCGCCAUCAAGUCUAUCCGCGUGGACGUGCAGUACCUGGACGAGCCCAUGCUGACGGUGCACCAGACGGUGAGCGAUGUUCGAGGCAAUUUCUACCAGGAGAAGACAGUGUUCCUGCGCUGUACUGUCAACUCCAACCCGCCUGCCCGCUUCAUCUGGAAGCGGGGCUCCGACACCCUGUCUCACAGCCAGGACAAUGGGGUCGACAUCUAUGAGCCCCUCUACACCCAGGGGGAGACCAAGGUCCUGAAGCUGAAGAACCUGCGGCCCCAGGACUAUGCCAGCUACACCUGCCAGGUGUCUGUACGCAACGUGUGCGGCAUCCCGGACAAGGCCAUCACCUUCCGGCUCACCAACACCACGGCACCACCAGCCCUGAAGCUGUCUGUGAAUGAAACUCUGGUGGUCAACCCGGGGGAGAAUGUGACGGUACAGUGUCUGCUGGCAGGCGGCGAUCCCUUACCCCAGCUGCAGUGGUCCCACGGGCCGGGCCCGCUGCCCCUGGGUGCUGUGGCCCGGAGUGGCACCCUCAGCAUCCCUUCAGUGCAGGCCCAGGACUCUGGCUACUACAACUGCACGGCCACCAACAACGUGGGCAACCCUGCCAAGAAGACGGUCAACCUGCUGGUGCGAUCCAUGAAGAACGCUACGUUCCAGAUCACCCCAGAUGUGAUCAAAGAGAGUGAGAACAUACAGCUGGGCCAGGACCUGAAGCUGUCGUGCCAUGUGGAUGCAGUACCCCAGGAGAAGGUGACUUACCAGUGGUUCAAGAACGGCAAGCCGGCACGCAUGUCCAAGAGGCUGCUGGUGACCCGAAAUGACCCCGAGUUGCCUGCCGUCACGAGCAGCCUAGAGCUCAUUGACCUGCACUUCAGCGACUAUGGCACCUACCUGUGCGUGGCUUCCUUCCCAGGAGCACCUGUGCCUGACCUCAGCGUCGAGGUCAACAUCUCCUCUGAGACAGUGCCUCCCACCAUCAGCGUGCCCAAGGGCAGGGCCGUGGUCACAGUGCGGGAGGGCUCGCCCGCCGAGCUGCAGUGUGAGGUUCGAGGCAAGCCGCGGCCGCCGGUGCUCUGGUCCCGCGUGGACAAGGAGGCUGCGCUGCUGCCCUCGGGGCUGCCCCUGGAGGAGACCUCGGACGGGAAGCUGCGGCUGGAGCACGUGAGCCGCGACAUGAGUGGGACCUACCGCUGCCAGACGGCUCGGUAUAAUGGCUUCAACGUGCGCCCCCGCGAGGCCCAGGUGCAGCUGAACGUGCAGUUCCCGCCGGAGGUGGAGCCCAGCUCCCAGGAUGUGCGCCAAGCGCUGGGCCGGCCCGUGCUGCUGCGCUGCUCGCUGCUGCGGGGCAGCCCCCAGCGUAUCGCCUCGGCCGUCUGGCGCUUCAAAGGGCAGCUGCUGCCUCCGCCGCCCGCUGUCCCCGUCGCCCCCGAGGCUCCCGACCACUCCGAACUGCGCCUCGACGCCGUCACCCGCGACAGCAGCGGCAGCUACGAGUGCAGCAUCUCGAACGACGUGGGCUCGGCUACCUGCCUCUUUCAGGUCUCGGCCAAAGCCUACAGCCCGGAGUUUUACUUCGACACCCCCAACCCCACCCGCAGCCACAAGCUGUCCAAGAACUACUCCUAUGUGCUGCAGUGGACCCAGAGGGAGCCCGAUGCUGUCGACCCCCUGCUCAACUACAGACUCAGUGUCCGCCAGUUGAAUCAGCACAACGCCGUGGUGAAGGCCAUCCCAGUGCGGCGCGUGGAGAAGGGGCAGCUGCUGGAAUACAUCCUGACUGACCUCCGUGUGCCCUACAGCUACGAGGUCCGCCUCACGCCCUACACCACCUUCGGGGCUGGUGACACGGCCUCCCGCAUCAUCCACUACACAGAGCCCAUCAACUCUCCCAACCUGUCAGACAACACCUGCCACUUUGAAGAUGAGAAGAUCUGUGGCUACACCCAGGACCUGACAGACAACUUUGACUGGACACGGCAGAAUGCCCUCACCCAGAAUCCCAAGCGCUCCCCCAACACUGGUCCUCCCACUGACAUCAGUGGCACCCCUGAGGGCUACUACAUGUUCAUCGAGACAUCAAGGCCCCGGGAGCUGGGGGACCGAGCCCGUUUGGUGAGUCCCUUGUACAAUGCCAGCGCUAAGUUCUACUGCGUCUCCUUUUUCUACCACAUGUACGGGAAGCACAUCGGCUCCCUCAACCUCCUGGUGCGGUCCCGGAACAAAGGGGGCCUGGACACGCACGCCUGGUCCCUCAGUGGCAAUAAGGGCAAUGUGUGGCAGCAGGUGCAUGUGCCCAUCAAACCCAGCGGGCCCUUCCAGAUUAUUUUUGAGGGGGUUCGAGGCUCUGGCUACCUGGGGGAUAUCGCCAUAGAUGAUGUCACACUGAAGAAGGGAGAGUGUCCCCGGAAACAGAUGGAUCCCAAUAAAGUGGUGGUGAUACCGGGCAGUGGAGCCCCCCGCCAGCCCCACCCACAGCUCUGGGGGCCCAUGGUCAUCUUCCUCUUGGCAUUGCAGAGAUGAUGAGAGCUGCGUGGCCUCCCCACCCCCGCCCCCGGCACACCAAAGUGUCUGCAUCGUACCAAAGACUGACCCCCGCCAGCCGGGGUGCCCAGGGGCAGGGCCGGCCCGCCAGGGAGGGGGCCUGCAUUGGCUGCGAGGAUGAGCAGAGAAACAAGGACAGAGGCCCGGCGCUGAGGCCCUGGAGCCGGUCGUUUGACACACACACGCACACACUCACACGCACACACACACACGUAUUAAAGCACAAGUUUCUAUCCGACCGGCCAGCACCUUCUUUUCUGCGGAGACAAGGGACUCGCCGGAAUGGCGUCUGCCACCCCAGGGACCUCGGCGCCACGUGGGCGUUGUCCUGGCUGCACCUGUUCCUAACUGGUGACCUUCCCUCGUUCCUAACUCAGCCCAGUGGCUUUACCAGAAGGGAGCCAGAAGGGGAGCUGGCUCAGGAGCCCCACCCUUGGCUGGACUCUGGGACUCCCUGGGAUGAGGGAGGCUGGGGUCAAAGGAGGCCCGGGGUACUUUGUGAGCUCUGUGAAUGUCCCUCUGCGGGCAGUGGCGAGGGAGGCGAGGCACCUGCCACACGCCCUUUGUUUUCAGGGCAAGGGCUGGAAGGUGGAGACCCCAGGUCACCUUGAUCCCUUGACCUGUUUGUUCUUGGACGUCAUAUCCUCCCCACCCUGCCCCUUCGGAGGGACCCAGCACAGGGUCUUGGGCCUGGGCAGUCUGAAGACUGACACCUUCCCUCCUGCCCCAUCUAACCCCACCCCACCCCACAAGGAGCUGGAUUCCUGAGAGCACAAUCUCCACCCUAGUCAGCUGGCCCAACCUCAGCACCCCCCUGCGUCUCAAGGGAGCGGGGCUGGGGGUGUGGGGGUGGGGUGCUGGCCAGCCAUUUUCUGGGCUGAGGCUUGACUUUGAGAGGAGCAGAGGAGAAGGCCUGUUUUUUGCGAGUUUGUGCCCCCAUGGUAUUUGGGAGUAGAGCGGAGCCUUCAUUUCUUCUAUACUUGGCAGGAAGGGGUGCCCUGGAUAAGAGGGUGUGUGUCAAGGGGGUGCCCCUGCUCCCCCUCCACUGCAAAGCACCAUCUCGUUGGCUGCUCCCUUCCCUGCCCAGUGGGGGACAGAGGGGUUUGCAGAGCUGGGGCAGGGGGCAGGGCAGGUGCAGGCCUCCUGUUGCCCUGGAGCUGAGCUCAUGCCCGAACUGAAAGGGCUCCCUGUCCUCGGGUUCUGGGUUGGGAGCCGAGGUGGGCACAGUGGAAUCUAGUGAGACCCUUGUGACCCCACCCCACCAUCCAUGGGAGAGAGGAGGCCCAGCCCCUUCCAGGGUGAGUCUUCAUGCACGUGUGCAUGUGGCUGUGUGUGUGAGCGUGCGUGUGCACCUGUCUGUGUCUGGGUAGCACUGUGGGUACAUCUCUGGGCAGGAGCGUGUGCAAAUGGGAGUCUGCACGCACAGUUACACAUACCCGUCUGUGAGGCCGGUCUAACCCCUGGCUCAGUACGUGCCUGCGGGAUGUCGGCAUGCAUGCCCCCUCCACGAGUGACAUGAAUGUGUGUGGGGUGCUGGCCAAAUAUACCACUGGCAGCCCUAUUCUGUAGCCUCAAGCUGCCUGCCACCGCCUGAUUUUCUACCUUUCAUCCCCUACGGAUGACAAAGAGCUUACGGAGGACCCUAUUGAAAUGCGAGCACCUUUGGUGGGGCGUGUUACAGGGCUUGGCCUGGAGCCUUCGGAGGGGACAGCAGGGGGAGCAGGGCAAUGCCAAGAGGCAGGGGGGCCCCGCCGUGAAGGCGGCCCCUCUCACUGCUCCGGGGCUUGUGCUGUCGUUACCAACAGCUGGGGCGGCUGGGCCAGGCCUGGAGCGGGGCCUUCUGACCCCCCGCCAGCCUGGCUGCCUUGCCGGCCCAGCCGAGGCCUCCCUCCAAAAUGAGUGGCUCCAGGUUCCCAGAAUGCACUUCCAUCCCGUCUGCUGAGUAUUGUUCCUUAAUUGUCCCAUCUGUGCAGGGUCUGUUUCCCCAACUAGACUGUGAGCUCCUCCUCCGAGUCUUCCAGCCUUCUCCCCCGGCCCAUCCCAACCUCAUGCCCAGCACAGGUGGGCCUGAUAGGGGAAUCACCGCGGGCUUUGCCCAGUGGAAUGGAUUCUAUAAAUCAGUGCUUCCAGCCCUGGCUGCAGAAUCGAACCACCAGAGGGUCUUUUAGAGAGCACGGAUGCUUGGGUCCUAUCCCCAGAGGUUCUGAUUUAAUUGGACUGAUGGGCAGCCUGGCAUCAGAAAUGUUUAACAGCUCCUCGGAAGAACCCAGGAAUGCGAACCACUGGCCUGCCAGGGGCUUCCUCUGCGCCCUUGCUGGGGUGGGUACAGAGGUGCAGAGAGGAAUGGCACUGGGCACCUCCUGCUUGGGGCACCGAGGUCCUUGGUCCUCCUGUGUGCAUGGGCGAGGCUGGUACCUGUGUGCGUGUGUGUGUGUGCGCGUGCGUGUGCAGGUCUGCAGGGAGUGUGUGUGUCUGUGCGUACUAACACUAACAGUGUGUGAUGGGUGUGCCGGUCUGUGUGUGGGAGGAUGGGGUCUGCAAGGAGGAAGGGUCUUUGUGUGUCCCGGUGUUCGUGUGUCUGGUGUCUGCCUGUGAGUCAGCACGUCUGUGUCAUGUCACCUGGGCUGUGGGCGUCAGCAUCUGUGCGCUGGUGGGUAGCCCAUGAAGACCCCUGGCCCAGGGGAGACCAGGCUGGCUGGAUCCGGCGCGUCUCCCCUGUGGCAGUUUCGCCCUCCGGGUCAGGGUGGCUGAGGCAUUUUGUGGCCUUAAAACAGGGAGUCCAGGGUCAGCUCUCAAGGUGUUGGGGUUUGUUCACUCCAGUUUCCCCUGUUUGAUGUCUCGGGGAGAUCCCUGGGGCCAGGUGCUGUACAGGCAGAAGAGGGGGAGUCUCAGCUGGGCUGUGCUGCCCCUGGGACCACGGGCAGCCACCCGGGGUACCCAGCUAAGCCUGCAGACCGUGCCCCCACCUCCCGGGAUGUUCCUCCCACCUUGCCUUCUCUGGGAUACCCUGCCGCCUCUUUCCCGUUCAUUCUCCCUUCUCCCUGUGCUUGGUGGAAGCCCCUGGCUCAGGCUCUCACUGGUGGAAUGGGCCUCAGAGGGCCAAACCCCUCCUUGUGUAAAUGAGAAAGGUGCAGGGGGCGGAUUGGCCCAAGGUCACACAGCCGGUUGGGGUGGAGCCAGCCUUGGCAGCCCGGUGCUCCCACCCUGGGGCUGUCACACUGCGGGCCAAGGCCUCCUACCAGGCAGCAGCGCCGGGCUUGGUCCACCUGCCCUGUCUUCUGGCGCUGGUACAGAUGUUAUAGAUUUUACCGGGCACCUACUCUAGGAGCGGUGCUGUCUCCCGCCCCAAAUUCUGGCCUCUCAUCCCAGGCCACUGCUUCUCCCACGCUGCCUCCCCCUGCCCACACUGGCUUUAGCUACUGCCCAGGCUCCCAGAGAGAAGGGACUGUUUCCCCUCCCUGGCCCUCUGUCUUCACGUGAGCCUGGGCUCCAAGGGAAGAUCGGUGUGUCCUGGUGUCCUUGUCCUGUGGGCUUCCCCCUAAGGACCAAGAGGGAUGGGGUGAGAGGGUACAAAGUCUUGUGUUUCCCUUUCCCUGGACUCGGAGAGCUUGGCAGUAUUUCCAAGGUCUGUCCCAAGGAAUGGGGUGGAUGAACAUGCUCUGGAGAGUCCCUGUAGGGCCACGGGUUCAAGUUCUGGGCUCUGGGGAGCUCUCCCCACUUCCAAAGGCAAGAUAGCACACCCCUCUCUGUUGGAUCAGGGCUGAGUGUGAGAGUGUGUGUCUGUGAGGGUGAAGGGGUCUGUGUGGGGGUGUGAGUAUGUGUGUGUAUGUGUGUGAGGGUGUGUGCUGGGGCAGAAGGACCACUCCUUCCUAGGGAGCCCUUGACCCUGAGAGCUGGAAGGGACCUUAGAGACCAUCUAAUCCAGUGCCCCCAUGGUACAGGUGAGAAAGCUGAGGUCAGAGACAUGGCACUUGCCCACCAUCACCCCUCCCUCGUGUCCCCUGAAUUCAUUUCCCAGAGGCCCCCCUAGGAGGACCCUCCCUCCCAGUACCUCCCCACCCCCUCCCAGCCACCCCCAUAAUCACCGUCUCAGCUCAACUCUGCUGGCCCCUCUGCCCCAGCGGUCUCCAGGCAUCCUUCCUGCCCCAGGUGGCCAGCUCACCAAGGCCUUUAUCCCCAACCCAGGAGAAGGGGCAGGGGAAGGAGGGGACUGCUCCAGCCCUGAGGCCUCCCAGACUUGAGAGAAAAGCCAACCCUUCCAUGCCCAGGCCCACCCCACCACCAAGGUAAAAGCACAACAGGAGACCCUCAUUCAUGGGUGAAAGGUCUUGGGGUUGUUCUAGUCAGACGACCCCAUCCUCACCCCUUUGCCUUGCUCUCUGUCUCCACCCCAACCUCUUUGUCCUUCUUUCACCCCCAAGCCCCCCAGAUGUAACCUCUAGUUGCGGACGCGGUUGUUUCAAUCAA